AAAUGGGCGUGUCGGUGGUGGGGGUGAAUUUCGAGCCGCGCCGCUCGCCGUACUAUACAGUGGCCAUAGCAACAGGUGUACGCUGUCAGAUUCUGGGCUAAACACGGGAGAUUGUCGGCGAUAAUGUGUCAUUUCAUUGUUUUAUUCGGACUUUCGUGACGUAAAAACACCUUUGGCUCGUGUCAACUUCGUUGUGAAGUCAUUUUAUUGUCAUUCCUUGGAGGUAGUGAAGUGAAUUGGGGACAGCUUUAAACGUUUAUUAACGCGUGAAGAGAAAAGAGAGAAAGGAAGAUGCCGAGGUGAAAAGCAAAGUCAAACAAAGUUCUCUGAUUGUUGCUUGCAAAUGGACUCAGCCGCAGUUUUACAGAGAAAGAAACCGGACUUUUAUGUUGUUGGACCAAGAGCUCCAGGAAAGAAUCAACACGCCCCACAGGUCCAGAGUAAAAGUCUUGACGUCACUAAGGUUCUUCAUCUUCUUGAAGAUCCUCUGACGGCAAACUUGAAGGAGAGGCACAUUUUUGUCCUGAAGAAACUGCUGAAGAGAAACCAGAUUGGCUUUCUGCUGAGGGAGCUAACAGGCUUGGCCAGAAUACUCGACAUCUGCGCAGAGAAAGUGACGGAUCAUCCGGAGUACGUGCCCAUUGUAUGUGAAGCACUUAGAAUUUGUAGGCUUCCCUUCCUGAAAGAGAGAGCAUCGGACGAGCUGAACUAUGCUCAGGACGUCAUCGCGUUCAUCUCCCACCUGGGUUGUCUCAUGAGGGUCUCCGAGGCUGAUGUGAGACUACAGCUUCUUGAAACUGUGAGGUCAUUCUUCAGCAAUGUAGCUGGACAGCCGCGCGACGGUAUGGACCGUGCCACCAAGCUAAAGCCUCGGACUUUACCCCCUUACAGAUUUUCUAUACUUUCACUAAGUCUUCAGCCGACUUCUCCUGGUUACAGGCUGCAGCUGCUGGAGCACAGCGACCUGACACGGUCGCUCCUUCUCUCCAUCACCCUGCUGGAGGACCAGCCAGCCGUCAACGUGCAGCUCUUGAAGACACUUCAGCUCCUCUCGGGCUCCUCUGAUCUGAAUUGUGCCUUGAUACUGAAUGUGCGGGGCGCAGAGGCCAUAUGUCUUCGCAUGAACCAACCCGACCUGUCGGGUCAGGUGCUGUUCCACUCGUCAGAAAUCCUCUGGAACCUGCUGGAGAGCGGCAGCAAGGCCGAGGUCACUGCUCAGCUCAGCCGCAUGGAGUGUGUCAUAUCUCUAAAAGACGCCUUUUUCCACAAGCUGAUGAACAGUUCCCUCCCGCCCGACCUCCAACUCAGAAACGAUCUGCUCGUGAUCACAACUCUCAUCGCUGAAAACCCAAACUCUCAGCUCCUCGAGAGUUUAUUUCUCAUAGAGCUCAUGGUUUUCAUCACAUAUCCGGAGUUGAAAAGUCACAAUCCUCUGGUUCGCAACCUCAAGCUCAGCUACAACAACGAGGACUUGAAAAUGAAGAAGCUGAUGUUGAACCUGUUGGUUUUAAUGUCGAGGGAUUUCGCCGCCUUACAGCUCUACAGAGAGGCACAGGUGAUGCGGGCUCUGCUGGUGCUCGUGAAGCCGCCUGCCACCAGAAGAGAGCGACGCUCGGCUUCCCGCCACUGGUCCCCCGUCCAGCAGGAGGAGCUGCAGCUGCAGGCGCUGGCCACCCUCUCCACCAUUGCCCCACUCAUUCUGGACGACUACAUGGUGUGCCAGGGAAACACACACCUGCUGCUCCUGCUCGACUGGUGCGUGAAGCAAGAUCCCUUGUUUGGUCAGGGCCACGACUCUGGACGCAGAGGCAACAAGAAGCCACAGAUGCGUCACUGUAUCAGACUUCUGAGAUCUGUGACGUUUACGGGUGAAGAGUCCGUCAACCAGGAUCUCUGCGACCAGGGAACCAUCAGUCAGCUCCUGGGAAUUUUAAUGCAGAUGGAAGCGUGUCCUGAUGAGGAGGAUGUUGUCACACUGGAGAUAAAGUCAGACAUUCAGCUGAUCCUAUCUGUGCUGUGUGAGAACGACAUGCACAGAAAGGUAAAAACUAAUAAUGAGCUCUUUGGUUCAGACGGAGUUGAGAUGACUCUUCACUUCCUGAGGAAAGGCUGCAGCAAGUUCUACAGCGGCCUGGGACACAACAAGCUCAUCCUCUCCACGGUCGACUGUGUGUGGUCCUGUGUUGUGGGCUGCUACACAACGGAAGAUUUCUUUUUGGCUAAAGAUGGAGUGGCCCUUCUGCUUCACCUACUCAUCUCGUGCCCUAGAUGUGUACACGGCAUCAUCCUCGCCACUCUGCUGGAACUGUGCGACAACCCGAACACGGCGCCUCACAUCCGGAGCUGGAGAGAUGGCGUGGGUCACACGGCGCCCAGACUCCUGUUGCACCUGUGGAAGCAGGAGGAGCAAGAACUGGGAGUGACCAGAAACAAUGGGGGAGGGAUCGAAGAUCCCCAAAACCCCAUCCUGGGUCAGUACCAGCAGGACUUGCAGCUCUCGUUUCCUGCUGACGCUCCCAGUGCAGCAGUGAUGGAAAUAUCUGAGAACCUGCGUGCCAAGAUUUACUCCAUUUUCUGCAAAAUAGGUUUCCAGGACCUUCCUGGAUUGUCAACAAAAGAUUAUGUGAUUUUAAGCAUCGUCAGGAGAUAUCUAGACUUCAAGGUUAGCGAGGUGUGGGAGGAGAUCAGCAGGGAGCUGGUUCUGGACGACGUGAGGCCGGUCAGUCCGGACUUGGAGAGUCUGGGCGACAUCUGCGUGACUGCGGAGGACACGGCGAGGAAGGCGAUGGCAGAGCAGGAGAGCAUUCUGGAGCAGCACGAGAAGGAGAACAUCAGCGAGGAGGCGCUCAUGUACACAGAGAUAAAGUCUCACUGUAAACACAGGGAACUCAAGGCAAAGUCAUGGGACAAUUAUGUUUCCAAAACUUCAAACUACGAAGUCCUGAAGGAAAUAAAAGCGCAGAGGAAGAAAUCCAUGGAAUCAUCCAAACUAGAAGACGAGGGUCUUAUUCCUGAAGAGAAUUUUGUCGGUCGUGUCAUCGCAGUGGAGAGAACUGAAGGUCACGGUCCUGAAGGAGUGAACGUGACUGUGGCCAGAACUUCAAUGAAAGGAGCAGAUAUCAAAUUGAAAAGGCAGCAGAUGUCGACGUGAAGUCACUUGAUGAGCACAAUCACACACACACACACACACACACACACACUAUUUAUAACUUAGUGAGGACACCUCAUAGACAGAAUGCAUUCGCCAGCCCCUUACCCUAACCCUUUUCCCUUAACCCUAAAACCCUUAUUCUCACCCUAACCCUAAAACCAGGUCUUAACCCUGAAAGAGCCCUUUAAAGUCAACGGGCCCAGAUAAAAUGUCCCCACAAGGUCAAAAUGUCCUCAGAAAAAAAAGGUUUAUAGGUUUUUUAGACAAAGGUAUUCAUAAAAGUACACACACAUCUGUUUUUAUAUCUUAGUGAGGACACCACACCUAUUAUGCAUAAUGUAUAAUGCAUUGUCACUAACGCCUUACCCUAACCUUAACCAUCACAAUUAAGUGCCUUACACGAACCCUUAGUCAAACCUUCAAAGUCUUAACACUGAAAAAGCUCUUUAAGGAUGUGGGACCAGACAAAAUGUCCCCAGAAAAUUAAAAUGUUUCCGGGGGAUUAAAAUGUCCCCAUAGAAAUAGGUUUUUAGGUUUUUUGGACAAAGAUAUUCAUAAAAGUACAUGCACAAACCUGUUUUUAUAUCUUAGUGAGGACAUACCAUUGACAUAGUGCAUUCUCUAGCCCCUUACCCUAACCUUAACCAUCACAACUAAGUACCUAACCCUUAACUUAACCAUAAAACCAAGUCUUAACCCUGCCCUUUUUUUGGACCUCACAAAGAUAUGACCACAGCUGUCCUCGUUGACUUCCAUUCAUUUUGGACAGCCUUACCAAACUCUUAUCCUUAACCACAAUUCAAAUUAGCCUUUAAACUUAACCAGUUCCUCAGAAUUGAGGUUCUGCCUCAUGAGGACCAGGUUUUGGUGUCCAUGAGGUCCCGACAAGGUCAGUGUUUAUGACAGAAAAGGUCCUAUAGAAGAAAUAAACACAAGAACACACCCUGUCUCUUAUGUUUUAUUUUAAUCACAUCUAAUGCACAGAACUGUAAAAA